GUACCAAAACAACGAAUUUAUUUAAUUUCUUAUAGGUUAUUAAGUGUUUCUUCAACUAAUGAUUCUGCAAAAUUUUACAUUUUUAUUAAUGAUUUUAAUAAUAAUAUGCCACGCCAGAUUAUGACUAUUGCAAAGAACCAUUUGCAGGGUUCACCUUUCAAUGGAUAAUGGAACUUUAUGAGACUUUUGAAACAUUUUCACAUCAAAAAGAAUUCUCGUAAACAACAUAUAUAAAAAAAACAGUUUAAGACGUAUGUGUAAUGUGUAUACUUGUGUACUAUCGCUCAUGUACGUUUAUUAUUUAUACAACUUCUUUCCUGCCACACAAAGUCUAAGAAAAAACAACAGUUGAAACUAUUAUAGUUGGUUCAGUAAAAAAAAAAAAAAAUAAUGUGAAAUCUUUUAUCUCACCGUAGAAUCGGAAGAAAACAAACAUGCUGAAUAAGGGGAAUAUAAUGCCAAGUUAUGUCAUGAGGAUGAGACACCCGUUUACUUGCUGUUAUAAUAACUGUUUAGAAGCUAUCCAGAAUAAGUGACCAUCGAAAAACUAGUAGAAAAAAACAACACGCUGGUACGUUUUAAAACGCUGUUUUUAUUGUUCACACGAUUUUCCUGAGGUGGAUGUAUUUUACGCAAUAUAUUGUUGAAAACACAAAACAAAAAAAUUCCUAUUGGGUAAUUUGUUAAGAUGAAAAUAUAAUCGAACGAGGAUAAAAAAUAAAUGUAAUAAAAACAAAAACAAAAUAAAAUAUUGUUGUUUGUCAACAAAUAUUAUCUACCUACCGAUAAUAUUUUGUUAUUCUAUCGAAAAUCACUUAGAAACGUUAAAAAUGAUAAUAUGAUCCCUCCAAAGUUUCGUCUGGAUUGAAUAACAUAAUAUCUAGAAUGAUAAUUAUAGCAAAAAAUAAAAAAAACUUUCCGUCUUGUAGUCGUUAUCAAAUCUGCGGUUAGAAUAGUUAUGUACCGAAAUUAAGCAGUAUAAAAUGUCGGAUACGAAAAAUCAACGAAUCACCUGAUUCUAAAGACAACAAUCUCUGGCCACAAUUGAUAUCAUUUUCAAUCUUUUGACAACCCGAUGUUUUGUAAAACAAACACGAGAAAUUAUUGCUAACAUUCGUUGUUUACAAAUAUCCAUCCGUACUACUUUGCAAUUACGUAAAAAGAAGAAACGCGUGUGCCCAAUCUUCACAACAGUUCUAUACUUUCGUGCUGCGAUAACAGUGACAAUAAUAAUAAUAUCUCAACAACAAAGUCGUUAUCACUUCACUCUACGCCAUGACGGAUUUUUCGGCAGUCGUGGCGGCCUUGGAGACAUCGUCUCCGCACACCAUCACCACAACCACCACCUCCACCGUCACGGCCGUCACUACCACCACGACCACCACUAUCACUUCAGGCAUAGCUGGUCUUCCGGCCGCGGGAGCGCCGAAUCGUGACGAUGCGCGCAGGCUGUUCAUGGGCAACCUGCCUAAGGUGAAAUCAGAAGUUGAAAUUUGCGAGGAAGUUAGCCGGAACACGGACGGCCUGGUGCGCGUCAUCACGUACAAGAACUUUGAAAACCCCUUGUUGCACCGUGGCUUCUGUUUCCUGGACUACGAGUCCAACACGGCGGCCGCGGAGGCCAAGCGCCGGCUGUCUCGGUGCACGGUGUUUGGGUGCAAGACGAUCGUCGACUGGGCGGAUCCGGAACCGGAAGUGGACGCCGAACAGAUGGCCACCGUCCGGAUUCUGUUUGUCCGACAGUACGGUGGAAUGCUUGACGAGCGCACGCUGGCCGACGUGUUCGGCCGGUACGGUAAGGUCGAAAGGGUCAAGAACCUGAAGAACUACUCGUUCGUUCACUUCGAACGUCGGUCGGACGCCCGGGACGCUAUGAACGCGCUGGACGGCACCGUGGACGAAGCGUCUGGCGUCCGAGUUGACGUGUCGUGGGCCAAACCACCUGCCGAAAAACGCAUCCGGGAACAGGUGCUCCGCGACCGGGAGCGGCGAAUCCGGCUGCAGGCGUACGUGACGCCCCACACCGAGCACGAUGUUGUUUCUAACAUCCGGUUCAACAACAAGACAACCACCUCCUCGUUCACCUCAAACACCAACACCAGUCUCGCAUCCGUAUCCCCCGUACCAUACUCCAACUACGAUCACUACGAAUACAACUUUGGCCGAAAGACGUACGCGUGCACGUGUCGAGAUAAACGGAGCUUCGAUACGGAUCCACUGCAACGACAACCGGAACAACAACGAAGACAAUCGGAACCGCAACCAGAACAACGACAACGCUGCCGGUGCAUCGUCGAUACGUCGGUUCCGGAAGCGACGGCCUCAUCCGUGGACAGUGGCUGUCAUAGUGCCGAACGCGUUAACCGCUACGUCGACAGCGGUCGAACAUGGCGGCAGCAACAGCGGAUGCCACUCCAACAACGGGACACAGUUGAGACCCACUUCGCCGGAUCUUCCACUGCUCGACACGAUCACGGCGAUUGCGCCAACGACAUUUCAGACUUGGACUCGAUUAUUUUGAACUUUUUCCAUAAGAUGAGUCACGCCACCUGAAGAGGCGUGUCUAAGACCACCUGUAAUAAAUCUAACACGGACAGGCCCCCACUAACUUUCCUGUUUUUAAUAUAUAAGAAAAACAAACACUGCCCAGCACCGUGCGUUGACGUUUGUUGAAAUAAAAAAUAACUUAAUACCUAAUAAUUAAAAGUUAAUUUUGAUGUGAACUUCUGCGGUUUUAUUGAGUGAGUUAAAAAAAAUAUUAUGUGUAAUACAGCAUUCGUAGUGUCAUUUCGACUUCAUAUUGAAACAAAACAAAAUCAUAAGAAAACGUUUUUAUUUUAUGUUAUUGAAUAUUUUUGUAAACGGCAAUAUCUGAAGAGACUAUUCAAAAAUUCAAAUAUAUGUUUAUUUGGAAGUCAAUUUGUGUUUGUUUUCCAGGAAUAUCAAAAUAAUAUAUUGU